AUGAAAGUAGAAAAUUAUAGACUUUAGACUCCUAAUAUCAAAGCAAGUCUACUUAAGAAUAUUCCUGCAAAAGAUACUCACUUAUUUGAUUGUCCAAUACCCAACUAUAAGCCAGCCCCCAAGAAGAUAGCUGAAUCAAAGGAAUAGAUAUUUGGAUUUUAUAAUGGCAAUUCUUUGAAUACUAAAAGCUCAAUUUCCAAAAGUAAAGCUUAAGAAAUAGAAAAUACCAUUCAUCAGUUUCAUUAGAUAACUUAGGUCUAAAGAAAUUCUAAAAGUCCAGAUAGGUCAAGGUCUCCUUUGAAAAAUUCUCCCUAAAAAUACAAUUAGGCAAUAACUUUACUGUCUAAAACUUACAAGCAAACUUAAGUUACAUCUUAAGGUGAUGAAAAAUUAAACUUUGGAAUAAACACUGUGAAAUAAUCAAAAAUUUAAGAAUUGUAAAAUAUUUAGAAAUCAAAAGCUCCGAAAUUGCAAAGACCCAAAACAGCUACAACUAAGAGUAAAUAGAAAAAAUAAAAGCUGAAGACAUAGGAGGAGUUAGAAGAUUAAAAUGCAGAGCCCUUUGGAGAAAUAAUUCAAGAAAAAAAAACAUAACUUAUUCCCAUUAUUGACAAAAAUGAUUUUAAAUAUUUUAAGCCCUGGAUUAUUGAACCAACUAAGCCUUUACCUUAGUGGGCUGAAGAUAUGCAGGAUAAGCCAUUAAGUGCUAUUUUAGAAAAAGAUCUAAAAAUUCUAAAUCAAACCAAUGAGCUUCAUAAGAAAUAGAUUGAGUUCAAUCCAGACUCAUUGUCUGCUAUAUUUGAUCCUAGCUAAUGGAUUGUAAAUGAUGUAGUUCUUAGAAGAGCAGGUGCUUUGCCCUAGUAAAAAGCAGCUAAUGAGAGCAAGACAGAUCACUCUAAAAGAUUAGCUGAGAUUUAUACUAAGUUCUUAGAUACGUAUGACUAAUAUAAAGAUAAGAUUAAUUUUGAAGAAGGAAUAGAUGAACCAUUUGACCCAAGAUAAGCUCGAGAAAGAAUACAAAAAAGACUUGAAAAGUAGGUAGUUGAAUAAAAAAUUUAAUCAUAGGAAGUAACUCUAAAAAUUUUAAAUGAGAAUCAGGAUUUGUAAGAUGACAUUUAGUCUUAAAUUCAUGGAGCUGAAUCUGAAUUUGUUGUAGAAUCUGAUGAUGACUUUGACUUUGAGAGUUAAUAAGUAAAUGGCACUGAGUCGUACUAAAUGGAAUUGGAUGAGGUUGAAAAAAUCCCCAAAAAACUCAGAGAGGAGCUAGAAAUAACUGAAAUUAUAAUUGAAAGAAAUACCUAAGAGGCAAGAAUAUAAAAUGAGCAACUAUAAAAGAAGUUAGAUGCUUAAAGAUUUUUAGAUGAGGAAAAUAAAAAGAUAGAAGACGAAGAAAUUCGCUAAUCUCUAAUGAGUGAUUUUGCCAAGUAAUUAGAGUAAUUGGUCAAAAUAGAAUUUGAUAAGGCUAAACCUUUAAUUGCUCUUGAUCUAGUUUAUGAAGAAGAAAAAUAAAAGAAAGAAAAAAAAGAUUAAGAGUUGAGGAUACUUCAAGAGGAAGAAGCAAACAGAUAGAAGAAAACAAGUGCGUUUGAGUUCUAAUAACAAAAAAGAGAUAGAUAGCAGAAUAGAAUAAAUAAAAUUUUAGGGGUAAAAGGUGGUAAAACUAGCACAAGGUUAGAUGCCUAACUUGAUAAUUGGAUAUCAAAUUUUGAUAAGAAACUAAAGGACGAAGAAACCUUGACAAAGGCACUUGCUAAUAAUCAUUUGGAAAAUUAAAAAGAACUAAAAGAAACACUUAGAGAAUUUGAAGAUGCUUUAAAAUACUAUGAAAAUAUUGAGCAGUAUGAUAAAGAUAUGAAGAAAUAUAUGAGAAAGUUAGAAUUAAUUGAAGAAAGAGACAAAAAUUAGAUUAACUCACCUCCCUAGGACAGUGAAUAGCAAUUUAAUUUUGUAGGUCAAAAACCUGCAAAGGAGAAGAAUCUGUCUUAAAAAGUCUCAUAAAAAAUAAAUGUAGACAUUUCCUCUAUUCUGAGUCAAAAUGCUUUUAAGAACUUAAAGUCUCCUUAGAGCAACACACUUUCACAGAGAACUUUGGUAUUUUAAAGAGUCAGUACUUAGAAAAUAUCUAGUGAAUAAGAUUAUGGUGAUUAGAUUGAUGAGGCUAGGUAGGAUAUGGAUAGUCCUUUCGUUUUAACGCCUACAAGAUUGCAGAAAAUAUCCAUUCCCUUAGAGAUAUAUUAAGGUGAAGAGAACGAUAUUUAAAAUUAUAAUGAUGAUUUUGAAUGA